GUCCUUACCUUGAUCAGCGGUCGAACAUCAGCUCAAUUACAGCUUAGUCGUCGAGUUUGUUUGUUAAUGUAAGUCGAUGUGUGUUGCUACGCCCUUGGUAGUAACUACAUGAGCUGUGUCAACUGUAUCUGCUGCUGCAUGCUGUUCUAGAAGCUUAGCAUCAACAUGUAGUGUAUAGUCGCUGCAACAGUACGUAAAAAACGAUAGAAACAUUUGUUCUAAGAGUUUACAGGAAACAAUGCUGGCGUGGGUGUGUGCUUCUCUGUUGUACUCUUUGUUGGUUACGUCAGUUACGUCAUCGGCAGAAACAGGUAUCUACUUUGCGUGCUACAAUGCGGUUGACAAUGGAACAAUGUUUGUUGGUUCACAGUCAAUGACUGAAGGAGGAGAAAAAUGUUCAGCAUUAGAUGGUGAAAACAGAAUUUAUUGCAGAAAUCCAGACAAUACUGGUUCCCGUCCUUUGUGCAAGACUGAAGAUCAAGGCAAAGUAAAACAGCAAGCAUGUGCUAUAGUGUCUUGUCAUGGAUAUUCUAUCAAUUUAAAGAACGUCACGCCAUCGGCGUCAAAGCCAGUAGUAAUUGGUGGUCACAUACAUGGAUCAAAUUUGGCCAAAGAUGGACGGCUUGGUACCGUCUUGACUGACUGCUUUAUUUCAUCUCUAAAAGAUAUGAAUGCUUGGUGGAUGGCAGAUUUGGGGAACGAAAUAAUCGUCAACAGUGUUGGCUUUCAUGUACUAAAGCUUCAGUUCUCUAACAGAAAUAUUGAACAGAUCCUAGUAGAAUUGUCAAUUACUAAAGAUAAUUUGUUUUCUCCAUGUGGCGAUCCAUGGAAUCCAAAGAUGUCAACAGAUGAAACUGCCUAUCGCAGAUGCGCUCCGGACAGCGGAAUUUGGGCAAGAUACGUUCGUAUCAGAAGCACUUUUGAUAGCAACAGCUUUUCUACGCUUGUUUUGUGUGAAGUGCAAAUAAACAGUGGUAUAGUUCCUUCACAGUGCAGACAUCGAAAUUUACUCUCUAACCAAAAAAGCACUUUUACGAAAAUUACGAAAGAAGAAGGGUUGGAGAUUCAAUGCCAAAAUGGAUAUUGGCCUGGAUUGCCACAACAACUGACUUGCCAAGAUUCUGGCUACUGGUCUGAAUUUAGUUGUAAGAAAGUGGAAAAUUUAGACUUAAAACAAAUCAUUAAGAACAUAACCCUCUAUCCGACCGUUUUUCAAAGAGGCGAGAAGGCAGCUGUAGCAAAAAUCGCAAUUGACGGGAUUAAACCUACGGAUCCUGGAAAAGAGAGUUUCUGGUACUGUGCAUCAUCAACCAGGUCAUCACAUAGUAGACUUCAAGUCCUGCUUUCAAAUAAAUACAAUUUGAUAUCAGUUAAGCUCUAUCUCCUGAACUACCGACGAGAGUGGCAAAACGGAUUGAAGGUGAUAGUUUCAGAUGAAAAAGGUCAAGAUCAUCAAUGUGGGAAAAUAUAUAAUGAGAGUCAAGGACAAACCCCAACAUUCGAUUGUGACAAAGGAGUUAUUUCUUCCUCUCUCCGACUACAGAGAGAAAACAACUUUUGGCUUCAAGUAUGUGAAAUUGAAGUUGCGGCGAUUACCGAAUGUGAAAGUCCCCCCGUAGUAAAUUUCUCCAUGCGCUCGUUUGAAUCAGUAUCAAUUAACUCAAAUGCAAGCUACACUUGUGUGCCAGGUUACUCACCAGCGUCUCCUCAACGUAUUACGUGUAUGACUUAUGGCAAAUGGUCUUCACCUUUACCUGCUUGUGAGCCUGUUUCGUGUGAUGCACCAUCAGCUAGAAUAGGAAACGCUUUUGCUACACAGUCGGACAAAACGAAAAGUCAAUUUGGAAGUGUCGUCCAGUAUAAUUGUGAUAGAGGUUAUGAAAAUGAAGGUAACAACGUCCAAAUUUGCAGCUCGAAUGGACAAUGGCAAGGAAAGAUUGUUUGUAAAGUUUUGAAUUGCACUUCGAUGCCUCGACUAGAAAACGGCCAGAUACAAAAAAGUGGACUGGAGAUAAACUUUUUGUGUAAUGCCGGGUACAAACUAUUAAAUAGCCACAACGCUUAUUGCCAGAAAGGAAAUAAAUGGACAUAUAUAAAUGGAAAACCAAGAUGUGAAGCUGUAUCGUGUGGUCGACCUCCUUCGCUACUGAAUGGGAGAUAUGAAGGACACGUAUUUAGGUACGGAGCAAUUGCACGCUACCACUGCAAUGUCGGAUACUGUCUCGUUGGGACCAAUACCUCCAUUUGUUUGAAAGAAGGUUAUUGGAAUUCAAACACACACAGAAAAUGUCAAAUUCUUAAAUGUCCUAAUUUACAAUCGAUAUCAAAUGGUUCAGUUUCGGAGUCGUCAAACAAUUUGGGCGGAAUGGCUACUUACCAAUGCAAAACUGGCUUUGAUUUGAUUGGUUCUCAUACAAGAUCAUGCCAGGAAAGUUCAUCAGCGCAUUGUACCUUGAUAUGGACUGAAAAUCCACCAACAUGUAGAGCUAAAGAUUGCGGCGAUCCGGGUGUCAUUAGUCGUGGAAGAAUAGCUGUGAUCCAAGGAGACGGAAGGCGAUAUCCAAGUUACAUCCAGUUUAUAUGUAAUCUAGGAUAUCAAAUUGUUGAAGGCACAGAGUUUAUGACAUGUUCAAGUUCACAAGUGUGGAAAGGAAAACGGCCAAAGUGUCAACCUGUUUAUUGUGGUGAGUUGGAACAACCCAAGCAUGGCGAAAUUAUAGGCAACAAUUUCUAUUUUGGAGAAUCCGUGAAGUUUUCUUGCAAUAGAGGAUAUAUGAUGAUAGGACAAGAGACUUCAACUUGCGAGGCGUCUGGUACAUGGACCAAUAGGUCACCCAGAUGUAUCGAAACGAGAUGUUUUUCAAUUCAAAGACAGAAACAUGGGCGUGUUGUUGGAACAGGCAACCAAAUUGGCUCUGUCCUUGCAUUUCAAUGUACUCUAGGAUAUGCCUUGAAGGGAUCUUCAAAACUUCACUGCGUCCAAAUCAAAAAUUUACCAGCGAAGUGGAAUAUGCUAAUACCGAAAUGCCAAGCAAUUCGGUGCGAACCCUUACAGCCUCCUGAAAACGGGUUUAUCAGUGGUAGGAGUUUCACGUUUCCGAAUUUUGUUGUUUAUGCAUGUAAACAAGGAUACAGACUUAGUGGAGAAUCAAAGCGUAACUGCAAUGCAUCUGGAAAAUGGAAAGGAUUAGCGCCAAAUUGCCAACGUAUUACCUGCCCACCAAUUCAAAACCCGCUAAAUGAAGAAUUGGUUGGCGAUGAUUUUUCUGUUAACUCUACAGUUCAAUUCGUUUGUAAAGCCGGAUAUGCUGUGCGAGGUUCGUAUACGUCUACAUGCUUGCUGCAAGGAAUGUGGUCACAUGACCCUCCAACAUGCCAAAAUAUAAAAUGCGCAACACCACCUAUUCCGAAGUUUGGUAAAGUAUUUGUUUCGCAAACUCAUGUCCGAAGCGUUGCUCGGUACUCUUGUUCAAUUGGGUACAGGCUCGUUGGCGUCACUCACAGGCAAUGUACACGAACAUCUCAGUUCACUGUGGAAGCCAUGUGGAGUGCUAAUUCUCCCAAAUGCAUUCCUGUGAGAUGUUCUACACUACAUGCUCCACUAAACGGAAAAAUUGUUGGUGAUAAUUUCCAUUAUCCACAUUUCGUGCUGUACUUGUGUGACUAUGGAUACCAGAUACUAUCUGGUAACAGCACUAGAAAAUGCAACGAAUUAGGAAAAUGGACAGGCAUUGCGCCCUUGUGCAAAGGUAUUUGUGAAGUUGCAAGACUUAAUUGUUCAAACGCUGAGAUUUGUGCGGCUGACAGCGACGGCAGUGCAACGUGUAUAUGCAAAUCUCGGUCUGAUUGUCCAUUAGAUGUCAGACCAGUCUGCGGUUCUGAUGGGCGAACUUAUAUAAAUGAGUGUUUAAUGGAAGUGGAGGCAUGCCUGUUUGGAUCAGAUACAUUGAGAAUGAUUAGUCAAGGAGCGUGUGGUAAAUUGCAAUACUGCAAGAUAAAUAUAAAAGUGACAAAAUAUUUCAUUACAAAUGUAGUUUUCUUGUCAUGUCUGCCAUUCAAAUGCUGAUUGUAUUGAAAAUACCAAUUGCAGCUGCAAACCUCGUUUCGUUGGUGACGGAACAGAAUGUUGUUUUGAAGAAUUAACCAACCAGGUGGCGUUACUUGGAUCUGCAGCAUGGUUCGAUUGCCAAGAGUUGUGCGAUCUUCCUUUUAGAUCUACUCAAUGGUACUUGAAUGGUCAACUUCUAGCCCACUUGGAUAGUAAAUCUAGAUUUGCA